CACAUACGACCAUAGGAUCGAGAAAAUUGAGGGUCCCGUCCGCUCCCCUGUACACAAGCUCGAUACCGCCGGACUAGUAGUUGGGUCGGUGACGACCAGCGAAUCCCCGGUGUUGUAUGUUUUUACAUUUUUACCAAAGUACCCGCCUGUAUGCCUCUUUUUCCCCCCCGCUGGUGGAGAUGUAUUGAAAGUUCAUCCAUCGGUCUGUCGUUGUGUCUGUCUGCUUCCUUGAGAUGCACUAAAGCAGAUACUUCAGCGCUCGGGCACAACAACCCCUGUCAUACUGGAGAAGACGAAUCAAUGGCGCUGUCUGCGCGUGUUAAAGCCUGCCUGCUUGCCGUGGCUUGUCCAAUUCACGCACUCCGAAGUCGUACAGUGACAUUCGGCAAGGGAAAGUGGCUGUCACUACGGAGAGUCUUCGUCUUCUUAUUGGAAGUUACCUGUUGGUCAUAUUUCGACUUAUCAGGGUAGGGCUGUUUGUGCAAAGCACAUGUCGGUGCGUAUGGGUUUUCUGGCAAUGAUAGCCAAACACUGGUAAGAAGCCCGAGAAAGGAUCGUUGCAACAAGGGCGACGAUCUGAUCCUUGGUCACCUGUGUGGUUCUCCCUGGUCACGUUGUCUCUCUUUCCGCUAAGGAACUAUCAUGGCC